UCUCCACUCUCCCCAACUCUCGCUCUCUUCUAUAUUCCCAUUCUCCAAAACAACAUUAACUCAAACAAACAAAACCAACCUUGAUUUUUACUCUACUCUUUUCAAAAUAGAGAACCAUUUCCAUCCACUAUGGCAACAUUUAGAGCAUCUCCAUCAAACUCAUGGAUCAACCACAAAUCUUCAUCAUUCAAUGAUUUAUGCUCUAAUUCUCAUUCAAGGGCAAUUUCAAGUGCAAUCUCAAGGGCCAAUUCAAGGGCUAAUUCAAAUUCAAUGAUGUUAAAGAAGAAAAGAUCUACCUCCAACUCCAACUCCAACUCCAAAAACUCAAUCUCAUGUUCUCUACAAACAACACUACCUUUCCUCAAAGAGUACCAACCAAAAUCAACAAAUCCAACAACAAAAACCUUAAUCCCCACAAAAGAAACAAUACCCAAUUUACCCUCCACCACAAAACCAUUACCAAAACAACAACAAAAAUGGAACCUUCUACAACAAGCCGCCGCCACCGCCCUCGACUUCGUCGAAACAACCUUAAUCAAACAAGAAAGCAAACACCCUCUCCCCAAAACCUCCGACCCACGUGUCCAAAUUGCCGGUAACUUCGCCCCAGUACCGGAACAUCCUGUCUCCCAAAACCUCCCAAUUACCGGCAAAAUCCCAAAAUGCAUUGACGGAGUUUACCUCCGUAACGGCGCCAACCCACUCCACGAGCCGGUUGCCGGUCACCACUUCUUCGACGGAGACGGUAUGGUCCACGCCGUUAAAUUCACUAACGGCUCCGUUAGUUACUCUUGCCGCUUCACCGAAACCCACCGUUUAGCCCAAGAAAAAGCCCUCGGCCGACCAGUUUUCCCUAAAGCCAUUGGCGAACUUCACGGACAUUCCGGUAUAGCCCGUCUCAUGCUAUACUACGCACGUAGCCUCUGCGGCCUCGUCGACGGCACCCACGGAAUGGGCGUCGCUAACGCCGGUUUGGUCUAUUUCAACAACCGUCUGUUAGCCAUGUCUGAAGACGACAUCCCUUAUCACGUCCGUAUCACACCUAACGGCGACUUAACGACCGUUUGCCGUUACGAUUUUAACAACCAACUAAAAUCAACAAUGAUUGCUCACCCAAAAGUUGACCCUGUUGACAAAAAUCUCUACGCGCUAAGCUACGACGUCGUUCAGAAGCCGUAUUUGAAAUACUUUCAUUUCGAUUCUAACGGCGUUAAAUCACAAGACGUUGAGAUUCCGUUAGCCGAACCGACUAUGAUGCAUGACUUUGCCAUAACUGAAAAUUUCGUGGUUGUUCCUGAUCAACAAGUGGUCUUCAAAUUAGGCGAAAUGAUUCGCGGUGGAUCGCCGGUUGUUUAUGAUAAAGAGAAGGUCUCGCGGUUCGGCGUUCUGUCGAAGAAUGCCGAAAAUGCUUCUGAGAUGAAAUGGAUCGAAGCGCCGGAGUGCUUCUGUUUUCAUCUCUGGAAUGCUUGGGAGGAGCCGGAGAACAAUGAAGUUGUUGUUAUUGGUUCGUGCAUGACACCGGCCGAUUCGAUUUUCAACGAAUGCGACGAGAGUUUGAAGAGUGUUUUAUCAGAAAUCAGACUGAAUUUGAAAACAGGAAAAUCAACCAGAAGAGCCAUAAUCGCCGAAUCCGAACACGUAAAUUUGGAGGCCGGGAUGGUGAACAAGAACAAGCUGGGAAGAAAGACACAGUAUGCUUAUCUCGCACUUGCCGAGCCAUGGCCUAAAGUAUCCGGGUUCGCGAAAGUGGAUCUUUUCAGCGGGGAGGUGAAGAAGUAUAUUUACGGCGAAAACAGGUUCGGCGGGGAGCCACUGUUUUUGCCUAAUGAGGAUUCUGAGAAUGAGGAUGAUGGUUAUAUUUUAACAUUUGUUCAUGAUGAAAAGGAAUGGAAAUCGGAACUUCAGAUUGUGAAUGCUGCGAAUUUGAAGCUUGAAGCUUCGAUUCCGCUUCCGUCUCGUGUUCCUUAUGGGUUCCAUGGAACUUUCAUACAUUCAGAAGAUCUACAUAAACAAGAAUGACCGUGAUCGAGUGAGUGUCUUUGUUAGCACUGACUCGAUCAUGGUUUGUGAGAGGAAAGAUUUUCCUGAGGGAUGGUUGCAGAUAUGUCCCCGGAAUCAAGUCCUCUGUUUUUUUUACAGCAGCAGAUAUUAUUAAUUUCUGCUUUUUUUCUUUUUAAGUUCUUUAUUAUGGGGCCAGCUUGUAGCUUUUGGAGGUAGAAAAUGAAGCUCAGCUGGUUUUUUUUUUUUAAUGUUGAUGUGAAUGGGAGUAUAAAAAAAAUACUAUAAAAUGAUGAUCACAGUGUAGAAUGUGAUGUUAUAGUAUGUAAAAUUGUGUUUCAGCACAGUUUUGUGUUUGUAAAUAUCAUAUAUGAAUGAUGAUGUUUAUAUUUGACUA